AGAGGUAAUCAAUUCAAGAGAACACUAGACACUCAGAAAUUUACUUGAAGAGGAUUGAUACUGGAAGUUGUUUAUAGAGGUUUGGAUAAGACCUUAAAUCAAUCUGGUGAUGAAAAAUUUCACAUUGUUGUUGCCUGAGGAUCGUUCUGUAUAUUGUUUUUUAUUUUUCCUACUCUAGGAAGGUUUUGAGUGAUGUCGCUUAACUUUAUAAUCUUCUGUAUCAUAUGAAUCAUCAUAUUGCUAGGUAGGGAAGGCCCAGGAUCGUUCUUGGAUAUCAAGGCACUCAUGAAAAGUCGGCAGUUUAAGAACCAACAAUCACGGAGAUAUUGGAUAUUGGACCCGUAGCGCUGCUUUCAGUCCUGUAAAAGCGUGUGCUUUUUGUUUCUGUAGAUGUUAUGCAAGGGGACACUGAGAUCAGCGUUAAAGAUGACCGCUGUAUUACUUCCAACCGACGUAACCUACUGCAGUCUGAGGUUGUGUCUUUCUUUACACCAGUGGCAGAUAAAUUGAGAUUGAAAGACAGUCAGUCUAUUCAUAGGCCGCGUCUUGAUAUUGUUGAGGAAAAGCCACGGACUAAGACUAUAGUCGUCAGACUGAGCUCUCCGGGGAUGUCAGAAGGUGUACAAACGUUGGAUCACAAAAAUAGUGUGGACGUCAUCACUACAUUUCUACCGAUGAAAACUAAGGCCAUGUCAUCAAUGAGCAGUUCUAUCGUUACAAAUGGGUCUGUGCCACACCAAGAGUUAGUACCUAAUAUUCUGCCUAAGGACACAAACACAAAAAGACCUUCAGUACCGUGUGUUUCAUCGAAUACACCGAAUCGAAAGUCACUGUUUACUAAUUUGAUACGCAGACUUUCAACCCCGCGAAACAAAAUAUGUCGCACUAAUAAUUCUUCUGUUCUGUUAACUAAGGGUGAGACAGGUAUGUCACGCAGCGACUCUGGAUCAAGCAAUCCUAGUCCACGAAAGUUACGUAGGUGGUUCACAAAGCGUAUGUGGAAAUCCGCAAAACUGUCUGAUCAACUUCAUGAAACACGUUGUAGCACAAAUUCACAACCUUCAUUAACCAGUGUUGAUCCUGUUUUAGAGACCCAGUAUACACACUCCACAGUUGACGACUUAUCAGAGGAGUUGCAGUUGGCCACCCAAGACAUUGGAUCUGCUCCAGUCCCCCGUAAGCUCAUAUUCGCACCACAUCCAAUGAAAUCCCCCUCACCACAUUCACAAAAUGUUCGCGGUCAAAAUUCUAGUUAUAAAGUCGCUCAAGAUACUGGCGUUGAUUACAACAUCCAUGUUUCCAUGCAAUCUGAACUUAAUAAUAUCAGAAUGGAUACUGAAGUCAAAAACUUCCCAAACUGUUCACCAUCUUCUCUAUUUUGUACCACUGGCAUUCAUUCGCCGGUGACCAGUUCCCCACUACUUUCUGCUGUAACACGUGAAAAUAGUGUACGUUCUGUUGGAAACGAAAUUCAUCAUUUUGGAGUACCAUUUAACCAUGACAUAAAUAACAUUGAGCCAAAUAAUCUUCGUCGAUCAGAAGCGUUAAUUUCACAGUCUUGUGCAAAACUCCCACAAUCUGUAGCGUCCCAGUAUCGCACAUCUCCUUUGGCCGUAUGUAGCUAUACACCCAGUUAUCUCAGCGCAUCAGUGGCAGCGUUCGGUUACAGUAAAUAUUACUCAGCAUCAAAAUCAAUUCAUAAUCUAGUCCAUACGGAAACUUCUCCUUUAGUAAUUCAGCAUGCUGUUGGACAUAAGCUAUCCAUUGCCCGUUCUCAUAGUGGGACAUCAGAUAUUAAAAAUGAAGUAGUUACUUCUGCAAUUCCAAGUACAGUGACAAAUACUUUCGGUGAGAAAAAGUCGCGAGUUGUGGGAAAUAUGUGUGGAGAUGCUGGAUCUAUUUUAGAGGAUUCCCAAUUAUCUUGUCAUCGAACUGAGUCUGGUCGUGAUGGCGUUUGGAAUGGUAGCACAGAAAAUGUCAAGUUGAGAAGAAAGAGGACAACUAGUAACACCAAUAACACUGAUGAUCAAGAACAUUGGAAUCGAUCUUCACUCAUUAUGUUGGCAGUCGCUCAUGCUAGUCCUCGUGGUCGUGUUAUAACUCCCACAACUGCACUAAACAAACCUUUCUUUCCAAGCUUUUCAGAUUCCAUCACUGCUUAUAGCGAGGUAAAUGAGAGUAAGGGAGAGCUCAAUACUUCAAUACAACAUAAAACGGAAUUAGUUGAUACACUCAGUAGCAGCACUGAACUAUCAUUUGGAGGAAAUUCAUCUGUAAUAAUUAAUUCUAUCAAAGACAAGCAGUCACUCAAUACUGAUUAUACAACGUUGUCAAAUCAAUCAGAAAUUAAAGUAGAUGGGAAUUUUUAUCUUCAACAAGUAGAUCAAACAGAGAAGGAAUUAUUGAAUAAAGUUUGUGAAAUUGAAACUGAUCUUAAUAAUGAAGUUGAUUUGAAUGAUGAAGUUUCUGGUCUUUUACGAACUGCUUCUGGCAAAGCGAGACUACUGAUUUCUGAGAAGUUUUGUCAAUUUCGUGCCUUAUGCCAUCAAAACCUUGCCUGGGAGAAUUCAAAAACAGUUGGGGUUGACAACAAUUUCGUAAAUGAGCCUAAUACAUUAAUCACUUUGGUUAGUGAUUUGGAUGGUUUCUGGGCUAUGGUAUCACUUCAAGUAGAUGACAUUCGUGGUUUAUUCAAACAAGUGGAUUCUUUACGGGCUAACAAUUGGCAACCGGUUGAUAACUCACUAUCUGCUACGCAAAAUAUCUCAGUAGGUGACUCCAUUUCAUCAGAGAAACGAAAGUUAAAUCGUAAAGUUACUAAAUCCACUGUAGCUAAACAAAACAAUAUGGUUGCUAGACAACAGGCUCGUGAACGUCUUGAACUCGCUAAACGUAAUAUGCAGUUAAAGAAUUUGAAUAAUUCACAUGAUGAUAAGUCAACAUUAAGUAUCACUGAAAAUAAGCUUAUAUUUGUAUAGAAUUUUUAUAAGAUGUAUAUCCUUUAUUUCAAUAUUUGUAAACUAAUUUUUUUCUAAAGAAAUACAGCAACAAUUAAAAUGAAAUUGAAGUUAUUUUACUGCAAUAUAAGUUACGGAUUUCGUUGCAUUGUUUAAAGUAUUAUGGUUUUCUUUUUCGAGCAUUAUCUCCCGCUUUUUUUCAACGAAUCCCUCUAUAUAUAUACUUUACAUGUAUUUAUGUUCUUUUCAUUUCCCUAGUUCCCUUAUUUAUUUAUGUUAAAGAUAUGAAUUAAAUAAUCAGUAGUGAAACAAACUUGUUAAUUAAACAAACAAAUUCAUUUGCUAUUCACCUAUAUUCUAGAAGCAGCUUUAUAUCUCGUUUCCUAUCCUGUCGUGUUCGUUAUAUGAGAUUGCCCUUCAUUAUUUUUGAUUGUUCUAAUUGUUGAACAUGAUUAGUCUCAUGCAAUUGUUCAUUGUAUAUUCAAAGUUUGUUUUACAAAAUAAUCUUGCCAGUUUUCACCACUUAUUGAUUACUUCCAGAUGGAACAAGAACAAAUAAACAUUAAAGCAUUUUAACACUUGUAUUCAGGAUCUGUUUUUUAUACUAAGCAAAACUUUUUUCAUAUUUUAUACGUUUUUUUAAAUUAUCCCUAUGUUUGAUAAAUAGGUGUGUAUAAAGAAUAUUAUUAAUGUUAUUAUUACUAUAUGCCUAUGUCUUAUCCUCAAUUGCCGACAGGCUUGUCUAUUGUUGAGCUGAGUUGGUUUUUACAGUUGAAAUCGGUCAGUCAAACUGUUAAGAGAGAAAUUUGCUUAGAGAGCCAUUUAUGCAAGCAGUUGAAAUAACGUGCUACAAAAAACUGUUGACCAAAUUUAUAACUCGUUCUUUGCUGUGAUUCAUAUGAAAUGUUGAAAAUUAAACACAGGCUAAAGGAUAUUUUUAUUAAUAUUUGUCUUCUUAACUGUAAAUCCAACUUUGGUGUGGUGGUGUUGGGCUUGACCUAGUAAUGAACUCAGUAGAGCUGUAACGUACAUAUUCAUGGUUAGCUUUUCAGGGAAAUAAGUUUAGGCUCUACAUAUAUAUUUUAAUAUGUCUUUAUUGAUCAU